UCCCCCAGUAUGCAUCAGACCGCCGUGGAGUGAAGGCUGGCGUGCGCUCCCCCUAGACUUACUGCUCUCGGGGCUCAGUUCUGGCUAUCAGUGGGUCGUGAAAACCAAGACCACACGACACAGGAGCCUUGCAGCGUGGUACCAGUGACCCGUCUAGCCAGCGGGGGACACGAUGGAUAUACGGGAGUGGCUACGCUCGGGGCCCGGAGGAGUACAGGCGGAGUGGUUGGUGGCCCGGCUGGUUGAGGCGGCCACGGCGGUGUGACCAUGGCCAACCUUUGCGUUCAGGCCCAGGUUCAGGUUCCCGCUGCUACGACCCUCUGACGACCAGUUCACGCCGCAGCAUCCUCGUCCCGCGAAGCCUUCAGCUCAGGAGGCAGCUCACGACUUGAGGGUCAGGCAGUCGGGGCUCACACGCUGGACACACGGGUCGAGGGUGUGCAGGGGUGCGUCGGGGCUGUUUUCCAAGGCGUGUUUUUGUGAGCAUUUGUGAAGGUUCGGCGCAAGAGUGGAUGCUUGCUAAAGAUGUGAGGUUCGGAGUGCCCCGGGGAGCCGUCAGGGAGGGGAGUGACCUUCUGGCUGACAUUUACAGCAUCGGAGCUCGACCCGCAUCUCCGCCGCCCAGGACGAGGCCCACCCCUGAGGCUCGGUAAAGAUGGACUACAUUCGGGAGUUCGACAUCCGCUUGGAGAAGGAGAUGUACUAUGCGGGAGAACUAUUGCAAGGGCAGGUUAUUCUCAACACCGUGGAGAACUUUAAACUGAGAGCCAUCCGGGUCGUGCUGCGCGGCAAGGUUCACGCGGAGUGGAAGGUGGUCGUCUCAGGGGACCGGCGCACAGUGAAGGACGACCAGUACUUCAUUGACGAUCGAACUACCAUCUGGGGCAAAGACAAGCCCGAGGGGAACGUGCCCAUCCUACCCCGGGGUCAUCACACGUUCCCGUUCAGGUUCCAGUUGCCCGAGAGCUCGCUGCCCUGUUCCUUCGAGAGUAAAAGCGGCACAAUCAGAUAUUAUAUUAAGGUGACAGUGGACAUCCCCUAUGCCUCGCCGCCCCAGGGGAUGAAGUAUUUUACGAUUAUCGGCCCGCACAUCGAUUGUAUGGACGAACAAUAUUUGAAACCCAUGGUGGGCCAGGACAAGAGGGCGCUAUGCUGUCUCUGUUGCAAGCGAGGUCCCGUGUCGCUCAGGACGCAGCUGGAGCGCUCGGCCUACGUCUGCGGCGAGAGCAUCAAGCUGAAGGCGGACAUCGACAACCAAAGUGACGAGGAGAUUCGACUCAAGCUGAAACUCGUGCAGUACGUCGAAUACUUCAUCGACCGCGGUGUGCUGGGCGUCACCAAGGACCUCCAACACCCGGUCCUCGAGUACACAGGCGACCCAGUAGCGGCGGGAACCAGAUGGAAAUUCGACUCCUCCCAAAGCCUGGUGGUACCCGUUAUGCCGCCCACGCUAAUUGAUGUCUGCCGGCUUUUGCAGAUCUACUACGUCCUCAAGGUUAACAUAGAAAUGAGCAAAUCGGGCGAGGACCUCCAUAUGCAUUUCCCAAUUACCAUAGCCACCGUGCCCUUCAGGAUCCCGAACAGCAGCCAGCAGCCAAACAUCACCUAUAGCGUGUGUUGUGACCACGUUGAGGGCGGGAUGUACACAGGUCCGGAGUUCCAGCUUGGUCAGGUGUACGACGGAGGCUGUGACAACAACCCAGAAUCCGUGCUGCUUUACCGGCCGGUGUACGCCUGCAUACCCAACCCCAAGGUCAUCAACACCCCCUCGGCACGCGCGCGGCUCAUGGUAGACCCCCAGCAGCAGCAGCAACAGCAGGAAGGCAGCAGCUGCGGUGUUGGCGGGAAGAAGAACGUGAAGAGAACGCCCGCCAUCCCGCUGGACACAGGGGAUAAAACUUCAACGAUGUGAUCAGAGGA